UCCCGCCUGUCGUCUGCCGUGCAUAUUUAAUGAACACAUUUUGGGGGUUUUUUCGGAUCAAAAACAAUCGCCAUCGAUCAUGAAUAGUUUAUCUCAGUUUACUUGUUUCAGGACGUUGCUAGCGUCUUCUUUGAAAACAGCAUAUCAACGAAACAUACCGUCGCUAAAUGCCGGGAUUCAGGUUCGCGAAAGGCACACCAAACAUUGGGCUCCUCAGUUUAAGAAGCUGAGGAGACUGAAGGUUCAAAAAGUCAAGCUGCCAGAUUUUCGUGAAGAAGAUAAUGUGUCAGAAUUAACACCAGAUCAAAUAAGGGCAAGGAUGAAGGAACAGGGUAUGCUUCCUCCUCGUGCUUGGAUGGAAAGGCCCCUCACCAUAUCUGCAACUGGAGCUGUUUUCGAACCAUACAUUCCUCCGGAGGGUGAUGGGAAACUCUCUUCUUUGACACUUGGGGGUGCCAAACAAAGCAUGGAAUUUCUUUCCAAAAAGAGCAAGUCUAUGCUAGCUGUCAGGAAAAUCCGCAGUUUUGAAGAUAACUUUAGCCCAAGCACCUUUGCAGAACAAGCUCAGGACAUUUACAUCAAAGCACAUAAAGCUCUAGCAGAGAAAGACUAUGAUACUCUACAUCAGUGUGUUACAGAAUUAUGUUUUCCGCUGAUGACGUAUGAUUUAAAAUCAUGCACUACACGCUGGCAAUUUCUUAAAUCUCUCGAGCCGCCAAGAGUAGUUCAUGCUAGAUGCACCGAUGUUAUCAACAAGGAGAAUAUAUUUUCACAGGUUACGGUUCGUUUUCAUACCCAACAAACACUAGCAGUUUAUGAUCGGUUUGGUCGCUUACUGUACGGCAGUGAAGUGGUUGCCAAAGAUGUUGUCGAGUACGUUGUCUUCGAGAAACAUUUGGCCAAUACUUAUGGAUUAUGGAGAAUCCACGAGAAGAUCAUUCCCGACUGGAUGCCAGUACGAGAGCCUGGAAGAAAAACCUAUGUUCAACAAAAGCCCGUAGUUGAAACUGAGCCAGUUGUAGAUUCGACGGUGCCCGCAACCCCUACCGAACAAUCGACUGCUGUAGCUUAAAAAAAGCUUGCGUACAUUGAGUUUAAUACAUUUGAAAUAGUCA